AUGAACAAAGAAAGACUUGAUAAAAUGAAAGAUGAGCUUCAACUAACUAUAGAUGACUUAGAUCUAAAAUUAAAUAGAGUAGUCAAUAAACAGGAAUAUGAUUAUCUUCAAGGUUAUUAACUCUUUGUUUAAAAAAAGACUAAUGAAUUACGAGCAAUUAUAGAUAAACUAAAUGAAAAGAAUUCUAAUACUUCAAUAAAAGAUGAAAGAAUAGUUGAGUUAGAAUUGAUAAUCAAUAAACUCAGGAAUGAGGCCUAAAGAUGUGAUGAAUAAAUGGGUGACAAAAUAGAGGAAAUGAAAACACUCAAGACUAAGGUUGAUCUUAUUUAAGAGGAUAGAAGAUUCUUAUAUGUAAGUGCAAGAGAUGAAAAGCAAAAGGGAAUGACAAUGCAAAAGAGACUAGAUCAGUUGGAAAAGGAUCUCUAAGAAACCUAAUAAAAAUUGGAGGAAUCUGAAAAGCAGUGCAAUGAAUUAAGAUUAAUGAAUUUGAGACAAGAAACCUAUGAAAAUGAAUAGCUGACUGGAGAUAUUACCAUGAGAAGAAAUAAAAGUUUGACAAUUGAUCGAUCACAAAAAAAUAUCUCGAUUGUGCAAGGUGGCAAUAACUAUUUUUGCCCAUUGACUUAGAACAAAAAAUUUGAGGAGUUUUUAAAAGAUCUAAAUGAUAUAAAAAUAGAUCAAGAUCGGGUUAAAUAGGAGAUCAUUAACUAUGUAAAAGUUAUUGAAUCAUUUUAUACUUAAAAACUGUAAAAUUUGAGGCAGAAAUUCGAUAAAAAAAUAAGAGCUAGCAAGAUUAGUUAAUCAAACAAGGUCUCUAUGCAUAUUGAAAGGAAUGAACUUGAGAAGAUAUUUUCAAAUUCAAUUGACGAGGUAAAGAAGUAAAUCUUGAAGCGAAAAGUUAAAAGUGAGACUAUCCUUAAUAAUAAAUCAAAACCAAUGAGUUUAGAUAAGACUUUGAAUGAUUCUGAGGAUGAGGAUGCUAAGAGAUUUGAGGAAGCUAUAACAAAGUUAUUAAGCUUUGCAAAAAAUAAGAUCAAAUAUGAGGACUUUACUUCUGUCGAUAAGAAAAAUUUAAUCACAUUAUUUGUAACAAACGAAAGAACUUUGCUUUAUGUGUAUAGAAGUUUGUUUCAACUUGAGGAAAAAAUAAAAUAAAAUCCUCUAAAUGAGAAAUAGAUUUAAGACUUGAAACUUUCACCUAGAAGUAAUGGAGAUGAAUAUAACAGUAAAAAUGGUGAUUACAAAUACUUUAUAACUGAAACAUAAAUAGAUGAGGAUAAAUAAUUAAAGAAAAUUCAAUAAGAGUACUCAUCUAUAAAUGAAGAUGAAUAAUACCUUCGUAGGAAUUUCAGAAGUUUGGACUAGUCAGUUGAGGUAGAAUAAAAUUAAACUAUCAGAGACUAGAGAGAAUCCUAACAGACAACUCUUUCAAAUAUUCAAGUUGGAGUACAUCUACCUAGAAUAAAUAUUAAGAAAGUGAAGGAUAGCAGUCAAAAUAAUCUAGAGGACUAUGUUACUAUUGCUCAAAGAUCCAAAUCUACUAUCAAAACAAAUCAUGAUUCUAAAUUAAAUGGGAUAAGUAGUCAUACCACAAUGAACCCUAGUUCAAGAAUACAACCUAAUUAUUCUAAUCUGGAAAAUACCUUGAAAUAUAAGAUUGGAUCAAUUCAGCAAUUAAGAAAUGACGGCAAAAAUAAUAAAUUGGAGUUAAGCAGAAAUUCAAUGAUGGAUAAAAACCUUACAAGCAGAAAGAAGUCCUCUAUGAUAAAAUAGUAGCUAUUCAAUCCUAACAAUAAUAUAAGUACUUAUGAUUCUGCAAAUCUAAGUCUGUUCAAUUUGAGUAAUAUUGAAGGAAGAAAUUCAAGCUAUAUGAUUGGAAAUAUGAGUAAUUUAAUUGAGGGUUUUGGGUCUAGAAAGAAAUAAAGUAAAUAAGCCAAGUAAGGAAACACCAAUAGGGCAAUGAAUCUUCAAAGCAUCUUAUGA